AUGAAAUCAAAUUUGUUAGAAAAAAAAAAGAAAAAAAAAAUCCAAGGGUUAAAUGAGGUAAAGGGCGAUGAAUCCAAAGUCACAGAAAAUACUAAAAAAAAAACGGAUGCUCUAAAUAAUAAAAAUGAUACGGUUACAAGACUUUUAUUCCCUAAAAACCCAAGAGCAUUCAAAAAUUUAGUUGAGUUUUCCUUCCAGAAUGAUCAGUUUGUAUCCAUUGAUAAUAUCGACCAUACGAUAUUUCAUUUGGAUAUUAAAUCCCAUAUAGUACUCAAAGAAAGUGACGAGGGGAAAAAACAAAUAGAACUAAUAAGGGAAAAAAUUAAAAAUUCAAGUACAUUUACAGUACUAAAAGACAAUGAUUGUAUAUACCACAAACCCCAAAACUGUUUCGACUAUAUUAAUAGAUAUACCCAAACUGUCCCAAUAUCAUUUAAGGAUGCAUCAACUAAAACGGAACCUCAAAAAAUAAAUGAGAUAUGUGACACUGCAUGCCAAUCGAUAAUUUACGAUGCAUAUCUUGAAGAAUUCCUACGUCUAUCUAAUGAAAAAAUUAAAGCAGAAAAGGGAUCGUAUAAUGAUAAAAAGGAGGACGAAGAAAAAGAGAAAAAGAGCAACUUUAAUAGUGAAAUGAAUUUUGAAGGAUGUAGAAAUGAAGAAGGAAAAUUUGAUGAGAGCUCAACUAGCUAUUCUGAUGAUGAUGAAACAGAAGGAGCUAUUUUUUAUUCAAGUAGUGAAAGUGAAAAUAAUUCAUUUAUUAGUAAUGAAGGUGAGUAUAACGAUAGUAUAAAAUGUAGUAACCAGGAUAAAAGCGAUAAAACAGAUGAUACCGACCACGAAGAAAAAGAAGAUGAAUUAACUGAUGAAGAGGAAAAUGAAAUGGAAGAAAAUGAUAAUAUUGAGGAAGAAGGAAAAGAUGGUAUGACUGAUAAUUCAAAGGAUAUGGUAUCUAAAAAUAAUGAACAAAUUGAUAAGGAUGGAGAGUGUGAAAAAAAAAUAGACAACCAAUUUUAUAUUGACAAUAAAAAAAAAAAAGAAAAAAAAUAUAAAAAAAAAAAUAGAAGAACCUUCAAAUGGAAAACAUGA